CGCCGCCGCUGGACUUUCAUUCAAAAAACUUUCAGCGGGUCUUUCGGGUUUGUGAAUAAAACUCAUAUUCAUUCUUAACCCAGCGGCUUUUUCACACGUUCACCUCAAAUUAGGACUGCAAGUCUGGAAAAAGUCCGGUAGGUGAGGAAAAGAAGUGGUGUUGUAUCGAAGUUUGUGCUCCGCCGUUUCGUGAAGACCCUGAUUAUGGCCACCGCAACACCGAGCCGCGCCGCGGCCGCCACGCCGCUCUCCCCGACCCGCAUCUCCCGCUUGCAGGAGAAAGAGGAGCUGCGGCACCUGAACGACAGGCUAGCCGUGUACAUUGACCGCGUCCGGGCUCUGGAGCUGGAGAACGACAGGCUCAUGGUUAAAGUCUCGGAGAAGGAGGAAGUCACGACUAGAGAGGUAUCAGGAAUUAAGUCUCUGUAUGAGGCAGAGCUGGCCGAUCUCAGACACGCUGUUGACGACACCGCACAAGAGAGGGCGAAGUUGCAGAUUGAUCUGGGCAAGGCCAACGCUGAACUCAAGGAGGUCACUAAGAACUUUAAAAAGAGGGAUGGAGACCUGGCUUUGGCUCAGGCCCGUAUCAGGGAGUUGGAGUCUCAGUAUAACCAGAGCGAGGCAGCCCUCAGCACGGCUGUCAGUGAGAAUGCAGCGCUCUCCGCAGAACUGGCUGACCUGAAAAAUCAGCUGUCUAAGGCUGAGGAUGCUCAUGCAGUGGCUAAGAAGCAGCUGGAGGCUGAAACUCUGAUGCGAGUGGAUCUGGAGAACCGUUGCCAGAGUCUGAAUGAGGAACUGCAGUUCAGGAAGAGCAUGUUUGAGGAGGAGGUGCGCGAGACAAGGAGACGCCAUGAGAAGCGUAUGGUUGAGGUGGACUCUGGGGCUAAGCAGGAAUAUGAGUUCAAACUGGCCCAGGCCCUGCAGGAUCUCCGCAAACAGCACGAAGAGCAAGUCAGCUUCUACAAGGUGGAGUUGGAGCAAACAUUCCAGGCUAAGCUGGAUAAUGCCAAGGUGUCGUCUGACCUCAACGACAAGGCAGUGAGUACAGCACGAGAGGAGCUGCAGGAGGCUCAUGUGAGGAUCGAGAGCCUGAGCUAUCAGCUCUCUGCUCUCCAGAAGCAGGCGGCAGCAGCAGAGGAGCGUGUGCGGGAGCUGGAAGACAUACUGAACAGCGAGCGUGAUAAGCAUCGUAGGCUGAUGGAUGGCAAAGAGCGCGAGAUGGCUGAGAUGAGGGACCGCAUGCAGCUGCAGCUUAAUGAGUACCAGGAACUGCUGGAUGUCAAACUGGCCCUGGACAUGGAGAUCAACGCUUACAGGAAGCUGCUGGAAGGAGAGGAGGACAGGCUGAAGCUUUCCCCCAGCCCCUCUUCUCGAGUGACUGUCACCCGAAGCACAGCCAGCAGUUCUUCUCGCACCUCCCGUGCCAAGAGGAAGCGUGUGGAAGAGGAACCGGUCAGCGCGCCCAAUGUUCACAUCAGUCAGCAGGCUGAGGCUACAGGUGGCAUCACUAUCGAGGAGAUUGACCUGGAGGGCAAAUCUGUCACCCUCAAGAACAACUCUGAUAAGGAUCAAUCUCUGGGAAGCUGGAGGCUAAAGAGGCAAAUUGGAGAAGGAGAAGAAAUUGCCUACAAGUUCAGCCCUAAGUUUGUCCUGAAAGCAGGCCAGACUGUUACGGUAUGGGCUGCAGAUGCAGGUGUGUCUCACAGCCCCCCCUCAGAUUUGCUGUGGAAGAGCCAGAGCAGCUGGGGCACUGGAGAUGAAACCCUCACCUUGUUGGUCAACUCAGAUGGAGAGGAGGUGGCAAAACGAACAGUCACGAAAAGCGUGGUAGAGAUAGAGAAUGGAGACGAUGAGGAAAGAGACUUCGGCGAUGAAGAUCUGUUCCAUCAGCAGGGCGAUCCAAAAACCCGAUCCAGAGAAUGCGCUGUGAUGUGAGGGGAGCUUCAUUUGGCACCUUUAUUCCCCCCAUGACUAUUCUCUCAUAGAGCCACUACUUUUGUAUUCUUCAAUCAUGAGUUCCUAAAAUUGCUCCCACCCUUCCCUGGCAGAAUGUCACUGACCCAGCAUUUUUUUUAUCGGACCUCAUAUUUUUUUAGAAGUCAGGUAAUCAUGAACUGUGUAUCAACAGUUUUAUCUUUUGGGUUUUUUCCCUACUCUUAGCUAUCAAAACACUUAUUUUUCUUGGCAUUUUUGACAGCCGUCAAAAGGAAUUUGGAUGGCUUCCGAAUGGAUGCAUCACCCCAUUAGCACAGUAGAGGUCUAAAAUAUGACAUGAGGAAAUGACUCAAUGCAUUUUUAAGAAAUUGUGAAGUUGUGUAAUCCAGUGACGGUAGAGGAUCUGCAUGUAAAUGCAGUCUCUUUUGUCACUGUGUGGUUGGUUAGGUAGGAAUAAGAAACAUGUUGGGACGCUCUGCUCCGAGGGAUUUGCAUCCCAGAUUCCCUGAUUUAUUAUAUAGUUUACUGUAGAUGAAACUGACAGCUAUCGCUUAGCUUGUGUAUUGUUUUCGCUUUGCCAACUGGAUAAACAGGGUGGAAAAAGACAUGACCAGUGUUCCAGGAGAUUGAUCAGCAAACAGAGUUUAUCCUCUGUUUUAUUAAUAAUCAACACUGAAUGAUACAAUGUGAGCUCAGUCACUGAUACUGAUGAGUGAAUGUUUAAUACUGUGGGCAUUUUAGGACUCUUCCUAGUCUAAAAGACUGGACGUUUUUUCUUUUUUUAAUUUUUAAAUCUUGCAACUAAACCUCAAAUUAUGCAUCUAGCUGCCUUUCUAUUGAGCCUCCAUCUCGAAUCAUGCAAAAUAAGCUGCCUUUGUCAGAAUUCAGGUAGACGUUCGCAAUAGGACCGAUGAUGAGGGGAGAUCAAAGGAACCGUAUCAUGAGUCAGUUCACUGAAGCCAGACUAAUGUAGUCAAGCAUCUCUAUUAACAUUUUCAGUUUUACCUCCUUCUUGUUGAGCUUGCUUAAGCUGAUCACACAGUAGUGUUCAGAACGUUCUGAGUUCAUGUUAAUCAUGCAGAUAAACACACAGUUGAUCACUUUAACGUAAUUUGAAUGUGUAAAAAGCAUUUGAUGUGUUGCGAUUUGACCAAAGAUGGAGCUGCCUUAUUCGUGGUGCUGGAAAAUGAAUGUUUUACAGAAAAUGUGAUAUAUUGAUUUGAAGCAAAUGCUUAGUGGUGAAUAACAAAUGUCUUGUUUAAGAUAUUUCAACCCUUCAAUUUGCAGAUAUUUUGAAAUAUCUGCCAUAUAAUUUGGAAGUGAUAUUCCAAAGUUAGCCUGGACAGAUUGAGGCACUGGUUAACAAUCUUGCUGGGCAGUACUUUUCCACCCUGUUCAUUCUGAUCACUUGUAAAAGCUGACCAGUCUAUUAUCUUCUUUUUGUUGUAAGUGUAAAAAAAAGCUCACAUAAGUAUGCACGCAGUGAAUAUUUUUCUACAGUUUUAAUCCUAGGGCAGGGACGAUGCUAAACGGCUCUCAGCACAUUCUUGGACCUUUGUUGUGUGCUAGGGUCGAUACUCAGCUUCUGCAGUGUUGAGGGAAGCCGAUUGUCAGCAAUCAACAAGCACAAAAACAAUGUUAUGUCAAAAGUUACCUUUUGGAAAAGUGUUUAGUCGAGAUAGAAGAGUUAAACCUCUGAAUUUAUCCCCCCCCCAGUGCACAACAGGGAAUCCCAGUGGUGCUGGGACCGGUUUCAUAUGCAUUUGAAAGUGAGAUGAAUUAUUAAGCGCAUUUGUAAAUUAUUUGCAGCAAGUUAAUGUCAGAUGCAGCCUUUUUUGUAAUUCUAAUAUUGGCCUGGGAAACGGAUUCUAUUAAGCUGGCAACUAGAGUACUUUGCAUAUUGAAUGAUUUUAUUGGGGGUAAUGUAAUCAGGUUGUUUACAGAUAUUUUAUGUUGAAGGUUCUCUAAAGAUGGUAUAAAGUUGUUAAUACCAUCUUGAUCAUGUCCUAAACACUGAUAUUCAAGUGCAUUGAUUAUUGGUUUAGGUGUCUCUCAGAUUGCCCAGGAUUCAUCUACUAGGGCAGGUGUAUUUGUAAGCAUUUUUUACAGGUCCUUUGAGCUAAUAAAAUCAAUGUAGUUUUUAGUUAACUUGUUUUUUAAUUGAACAAACUCCAUCUGUGAAUAUAAAUAUCUUCUGGAUUUUUCAACACUGUUGACAAGAAAUGGAUUCUUUUUCUUCAGGUUUUAUUAGAUACGACUGUGACAUGUAGGUGCUUCUUGUAGUCUCUGCACAACAUUGCAGGAUGACAUUAAUACAGUAAUAAUUCUACUGUAGAGAAAUCGCUAUUUGGAUGGCACAGAUGGAUCUGUGUUUGCAAAAAAGCUGAGCAGUUUGAGCCGUUUUAAAAUGUGAAAAGGGCGAAAAUUUAAUUGGCAGAGUAGAAAAAGCAUCUUGAUGAUCAAGUGAGGACUUGAAGGGCUUCAACACAGGGAGGGAGCAUGCCAAAUUUGUCAUUACUUUAAUGUUUGAUUUUUACUUUUAUUUGUGGUUUUAAUUUUUUUGUAUGCAUAAUACAAUAAAUGUUUUACAUAUU